AUGGCAGAGCUAAGCGAUGAGGCCAGUGAGACAGAGAUGCUAGGCAGCAGUCUGUCCAUUUGGUAUGGGGAACCCCUGGACGUCAUCGAACUUCCUCUGGAUGUCCACACAGCGGCCUCUAUUGGGGAGUGUGAUGUGGUAAAGGAAUUUGUGAACAGGUAACAGUUGCAUUGUAUGUAGGGGACUUUUAUGGCAGUGAGGAUGCUGAGAACUAGGUGCCCCCUAUAAAACUAUUUUCAUUUAUCCUAGGAGGGCUACGCAAACAUAGUGUACACAUUCUGAGGUAUGGUGGGGUGGUUUUUCUUUGUUCUAUAUUUCUACAGGUUCCUCUUCAGAAUUUUCAGAGGAGUCCCACUGGUCAUUUUUCUAGAUUGUACCUACCCACUACCUUUUAUUCUUUUCCCCACAGAUUUUUUUUUUUUUUUUAAGUUUUAGAAUGUUGUGCUUUCUUUUUCAUUUGCUGUUCUCCAAAGGGAUCUCCCCUGCUAAUCUUUCUAAAUUAUGUAGGAGUUUGCUUUUUGAAGACUCCUGAGGUUCUAAAUAGGAUCUUCAGAAAGUGUUCUGGUACAGCAGCAGUACUGGCUGGUAGCAGUUUGUCCCUCCUGCAGUCGGAGGCACCCUGGCUUGAUGUCCGUUUCUGUAGUAUCCUUUAGUUCCUCACACUGAAUGUGAUAUGAGGACUCUGUCCUUCUCUUUACGGGAGUACUAAAUACACAGGAUGUAGAGUGCACAAAGUAGCCUAAGACAUUUUAAAGUGAAUAUUCUGAGUGUUCCAUUUACCUCUGCUGAUUGAUAAUAGAGGGGUUUACUAAUGUCUGUUGUUAUGACUCUACAGGAAGGACAUUGACCUGAAUCAGCCAAACUUAGGUGGAUGGACGCCACUUAUGUACGCCUCCUACAUCGGCCAUGAUGCUGUGGUUAGCUUGUUACUGGAAGCAGGUGUAGAUGUGAAUUGCUGUACACCCAGUGGGCAAACUCCUCUCAUGUUGGCAGCCAGCUGUGGGAAUGAAAGUGUGGCUUAUUUUCUUAUACAGGUAAGUUGCCCUAUAGUGGACAUUAAAACCAGUGGAAUAAAAGCUCCCUGUUGCGAUGAUAAGGGUCUUCUAUUGUGGAGAGUCUUGGGUAAUUGAGAUUUUAAGGAGAAGACGACGUUUAUCUCCUAAAUCAGAGCUGAAUAACUAGAUCAGAGGUAUUCAAACUUUUCCUAAUAACUGAUGUUUGCCUACAUGUCUCAUAAUUCACUUCCAGUGACAGCAGGUAAAUAAUAACAAAAUCUGUGAUCCAACACCAUUAUGAUAGCAAAGGUUGGACACUGUUGUCUCGUCUGAAUCCUUCCAAAAAUGUUUACGACCUGGACAGUUUCUGCAUCUGUUGACCUUGAUGCUGGAAUUUGAGACUGUUCAUAUCCUCCCCCCCAAGACCAUUUGAGCUGACUGCUUGAAACCACAUGAUCUGAUUAGUUUGCCCAUAAUUAAAUCUCAGUCUGGCUUUAUUGUUCAUUGUGAUAACCUUAUCCACACCACAAACAUUUUUUUUUUAAUCCUUUGCUCGUUCUUGCCUACAGAUAGUCCCGGCAUUUACUACUUUCUAUAUUUCCUUCUUAAAUGGUCAUCCCUACUAGACACCUAUAUUAAAUGAAGUCCAUGAUUAAUAUUUCUCCUUUGCCCACCAUGACGCCCCCUAUCCAGGCUCAUAUUCAGUUUCUUUGAUACACUGCCUGUUCACCUUUUUAAACUAUUUGUAAAUCCUGGGUUAUCAGAAUGAAGAUGCGGCUCAGACCUCAGCAACUCAGAUAUACAAACUGAGCAACACCAGUUCCAUAUAUAACGUUUUUGCUCAUCAAGCAGACUGAACCCAGCGUGUUGGCUUUAUUCGUUUUGCAGACAAUUUAUACGUUAUUACCUUUAACGACUAGAUUGCAUAUUAUGUGCUUUCUGUAAAAUCUGUGUUAAUGAAUUGGACAAUACUUUAAGGAUGUCCGUGUUUUAAAUGUUCUAGGCGUCCUUUUAUAGCCUUACCCUUGGCUGAAUAUUGUCCUCCGGUCCCUGGACACAGAACUAAAUCAACAAAUAUAUUCGGGCUGUUAUGCCAUCCAGGAGAGGUUUACCUGUUUAGUACCUGUUGAAUUUCCUUAUAGAACCCGCUGUAACUUCCUGUCUUUCUAUCUACCCAGCACGGAGCGAAACUGGAGGUUAGAGAUUCCCGUGGCUGGACGGCUCUAUUCCACUGCACCAGUGCAGGACACCAACGAACCCUGCGGUUUCUCCUUGAAAAUGGGGCCAAUGGGGACAUCAGGUAAGAGUCUGGGUACGGCUUUAAUUGAACUGAACAAUAAAAAUAUUUUAUUGUAUCCUUUUUUCUUUUUUUUUUCUUUUCUGUUUUAAAUUAUAUAAAACUACUGCAUGUGCAGUAUCAAGCAAUGUCCAGCAUGUAGCUCAAGCUCAGACAUUGUUAGAUGUCUAACUCGUGCCCUCUUACAGCAGCCAUACUUUGUUGUCCAAGAUGGUUAUCUGAUGCACCAUAUAGUUACAAAGUAUAGAUGGCAUUAUGGGCUCUACAAAAGGCUGCCGGAUUCUCUUUGGAUGAUAAAUGUAUGUUAUUUAAAGGAAUGUUUAUCCUUACAUAGGGAGCCAGUCUACGGCUUUACUCCUCUCAUGGAAGCUGCCGCAUCUGGACAUGAAAUAAUCGUACAGCACCUACUGAACCAUGUGAGUACAUAGACUCCCCUGCUUGACCACUAACUAUAGCCUUCGAAGACCUUAUGGGUUGUUUUCUUGUUUGAAUUAGGGAAUAAAAACUGCUAUCUCAAUGUACAAGGGACACUCCACACACCAUAACCACUACAGAGGACUGUAGUAGUAAUAGUGCUAGAGUACCCUGGUGCAUCCUACCCCCUCUGUAAGUAGUUGAAUGGUUUGAUUUCUUACCUGGGUUUUGCCAGGCACCUCUCCGCAUUCCUCGCCACUAGGACAGCCAUUGACUCCUACUUUGAAGCGUCCGUUGGCUUUCAGGAGUUAAUGUCUGCAGUGCUGGGCUAACUCGGUGCCAGGCUUAGUGAAGACAGGGAAAAGUUUGAAUACUUAUAAUGGCGGGGCGCCAGGACAUUCUUAACACCGUAACUACUGCUGCACACUGUAGUGGUUAUGGCACUUGGGUGUUCUGCUAUAUUCAGCCAAGAACACUGAACAGGAUUUCUUAGUGGUUUUUUUUUUAAAUUUUUUUAUAUUGAAAACCACUUUUUAUCAUAGAUAAAAUGAUACAAUAUUAUCUAUAUAUUGUGCUGUCAAAGUGACAGCACCUGUAUAGACCUUUAAAUGAUAAAGAACUACCUCCCACUUACCUGCCAAUCAUCCUUCCUCUUUCACCUGCCUUCUGCAAAACCUGUACCUGGUACACGAGAAUGAUCACAGGUAGAUGUUCCUGCUCUCCUUCACUCUUGGUAUCACUGCCUGUGAGUCAACAAUCUCCCCUGUACACUUUACUGCACCCAGCCACCUCGUCCACAUGCACUACACUAAUGUGUCUUCCCUGUACUCUCACCAAAUCGUUGUGCUGUUGAGUUGAGGAAGUAUGUUUUGUAUUUAUGCUGUGAGGUAGUUCAGUGAACUGGCAGGUUUAGAGUUCAUUCUCUUAGAGGAUCAUGGUAAGAGUUAAUUUACAUGACAUAUCUUGGAUGAAUCAUUUAAGAGGGCAGAUGUGAUGUCCGUGUGAUUAUUUGUUGUAAGAUUAUAUAAAGUGUUCUAUACAUGCCAGGUGAAUGACUCUCCCAAUGUUUAAAGCAAUAAUUAAAAAUCGAUGAAGAUACUCUAAUAGCUGUAUCUUUUCACAAGUUAGGAGAACUCUGUAAAAAAAAAAAAAAAAAAAAUUAUUUUUGGGAAAGGCUGAUAUUUAUAAUUAUUGGUUUUAAAGACAUGUUUUUGAUGGAAAGUGUUUUGGUGGGAAAAGUUGACUCUUGUACAUUGUCUGUAGGGAGUGAAGAUGACCACCACCGAUCAGAACGGGGAUAAUGCGCGCAUGCUUGCUGCUCGCUAUGGCCAUUCCAGAAUCGUGUCCAUGCUGGAUUCUCACCGUAACCGCGCGUCCCGAGCACAGAAGGGAUUAGGUAAUGGAAAUCCUCAGAUUGGCUUAUACUGGAAGAUGUUGGACCCAUUUAUCUGUAAAUCCUUUAAAUAUGUGCUUGUGAUAUGUUUCAGCUCUUUGAACCUGAAGGAACUAUGCUUUUGAGCCGUGUGUGUGUGUGUGCUCACUGCACAGCUCCUGCAAGUGAAAUACACUCAUUGAGCACUCCAAUGCUAUAGCCACUACAAGAAUCUGUAGUACUUAUGGUACUUUGUUGGAUUAUGCCUUUUGAUUAGUUUGGAAAGUCUUGCACUUUAGACUUUUAUGCAGAUCAUAAUGGGAUUUCUAGCUAUUCUAGAGUCUCUAACAAUUCAAGAUCCGUAGUCCCCAAUCAAAUUAAAAAAUACACCUUUUUUGUUUUAAAUUGCAUCCUAUCCCUAACCCUUUUACAGACACUAAUAUUCUACUUUUUGCGCAGUGCGGCGUGAAGAUUUUAGCUCUUCAGAUGAAUCCAUCUCUUCUCCCCAACGUCCUAGACCUCAACGCAAGGUCAAAGGCCCCAGCAUUCAUGAUGGACCCCAAGCCUUGGCCAAGAUUACAGGCAGUGUAAAUCCGGUUUCACAUGGUGAGUACAUUUUCACCCUCAUCCAACAAGACACUGUCCAGGAGUCAAGCUGGUCAUGGCACACUACUGCUUUUGGGACAGGGAAUAAAGUCUAACAUGGUGUAGAUCAGGGGUCUCAAACUCAGGUGCCCAAGUUGUUGGAAGACCGCUUCCCUAAUGUUAUGCCUGCUCAGGGCAAUCAAAGAAUUCUGGGGGUUGCCCACUAGCUGAUGGGAGCAAAGGGUCUGAGUUUGACACCCCCAGUUUGGAUUAUCUAUAAUAUCCAGGACCUGCUUGUGCAGUGUAACAUAUUGUGAAAUUCUUGUAGGCACAGGCAAGCUGCCUCCUCAGGGAUAUGUCACCUUCAAUAACUUAGACCAUGACUCUGAACUAGAUGAAGACCUGCGUUUUCGGGAUGUUACAUCCCCUAUCAACGAGCAUGAUGUGGAGAGCAAUGGAAGUAGCCGAGGUAUGUCAUUGGGAUAGUAAUCAAACCUGAAAUACUGACCUUCUAAAAUAGAGUUCAGCUUAAUUCUUAUGUUUUUUGGUUUUUUUUCACAAACCCAGAGCCUCUUUUUAAUUUUCCAUUCAGAUGAGGGGGACAGUAGUAGCAGGGAAGGACCAUGCCCUAAAAGUGGUGUGAGCAGCGAAGCAUCUCUAGAAAGUAAUGAGGUACAUACACUUUUUUUUUUUUUAAUGUUGAGUGGGUCCAUAAUUUUUUCUCUUUAUUUACUGUUAUAGUGGCUUUUUUAAAGAAUUGGGAAUAGCAGUAACACUGAUCUUCCCUUUUCCCCCAGGAUUCUGAUCCAGCCUUGGAAACCAUCAGCCGUAAAGCCUCCAAAACACACAGCAAGGGGAAAAUGAGAAAUGGGGAUUUACACCCCUGUGUCAGAGCCUCAAAUGGUCGUAUGCCAAAAAUACCAAUUCAAGAAUCUCCAGAAUACACCGGGCCAAAGGUACACCUAAUUUGUGGGAUGUGAUAUUCCACUACUUGUGGCAUGGAUUAUAAGGAUUUAUUUAUGAAAGGGAUAUGAAGCAGUUUUGUUCCCCCUGCAGUCUCACUGCUCAAUUCAAUUUAGGAUUUAAAUCUCUUUCGUUUUUCUUUAUGCAGCCGUAGUCACAUUUCCCUGACUGUGACACACAAUCCGAUCUUACAGCACAGUGUGUUUAAUUUGAGUUAUGGUCUGUUCAGUGAACUUUAAUACUUUUUACUAAGACUCUAGUAGGCUAUUAAUCGAGCCAGAGAUAUACAAUUCUAAACUAAACACACUGCAAUAAGGGAUGCUAACAAAUUAGACCUAUAUUUUCUUUUUUUUUUCUUUUUUCAAAAGGUGUCGGGAGAAGUGUGAAUCUCGGCCAGGGAAGGUGUGGCUAGGGCUGCAUAAACAGAAAUAAGUUGUUUAACUCCUAAAUGACAGAUAAUUGAACAGUGAGCGUGCAGGACAUGAGCUAUACACCAAAACAACUUGUUUGUCUUUCUAUGAUAAAAAGGGAACUACUUUACUUAAAGGAACCCUAUAGUGUUAUAAAUACAAUCAUGUAUUCCAGACACUAUAGUCCUGUGAACAGCCCCCCUCCAAUCGCAGUAAAAAGGUGAUUUUACUCACCUAUUUUCCCACACUGUGACUGACCUCUCCUCCAUGAUGAGUUCAGCCAAUCCAGUGUUUUCCCACUGGAAAGCAUUGGGAGGCUAUUGCAAGUGAGCAACACAACGCUGUGUUAAAUGCUAGAAAAGCAAUGUGAUACGUUUGUUAAUCCUUGUAUACGACCAGUGCAAUGCGUUAGACUGUAUGUUCUAGUGAUGCAGUGCUGUGAUAAUGCCAUGUGAACGAUGAAUCCAUUUAUUAUGUAUUGCUAUGAUUUUGCAUUUGGAACAGACUGAAGGUCUAGUGCUUUGUAAGCCUGUCUUUGUAUAAAAAAAAAAAGAAAAGUUAUAUUUUGUCAAAGAUUUACAAGUCAUUCAAAGAUAUCCUUUUAGUUUAAAAGAGCUGUAUUUUUAAAACGGUGCCCGUUUUCUAAAUGUAUCUGCAGAAAUGCAGAGUGAAGCCUGAAACACAAUGACUGUCUGUGCUCAUUUGCAUGCCACUCUGGGAUAGUUGUGGAAACAUGAUUUCUUGACUUUAUGUGCCCAAGGAGGAUUUUCCAAAGUCCUCUUUGAGAUAUGCAGGUGAUGCACAACAGUAAUUUCUCUAUUUGCACUGUUGGAAGUGCUAUUGUGUUUGGUCUCACCACUGUCUAUUUGGCACCUAGCUAUCUCUCUACCUCUCUCCACACUCUAAUUAGAAGAUGUAUAGUAACUAACUCUUUCUUCCUUUAGGAUCUGGCAGAACUUCUGGAUCAGAUCGGUUGCUCUAAGUACCUUCCAGUUUUCCAGGAGCAAGAUGUGAAUUUGCGAAUCUUCCUCACCCUCACAGAGACUGACCUGCGGGAAGUUGGCAUCACGUAAGUGACAAUCACCUGUUUUAAGUGUGGAAGGAAUCUUACACACAUUGUGACUGCACAAACAAACAAAGAGAGAAACCGCAAAACCCUAUAAAAUGAAAGCGAUAAUGAUGCAAUGCCCUUAGAAACCACCACCACCUAUGUGCAUAACAUUGCACUCACAGGGGGGUGUGGCUAACCAGUACAUGGAGUCAGAUGCACACACCAGAAGCUCCGCUACCUCAGCCCACUUAGCCCCUAAUAAUUAACGAAAUACCCUUCAAAAUGGGGAAUCCCGAUGCCUGGCAACUCCUGGAGCCUCCAGCUCGGGUUCACAUAUGGAUGAAUUUCCGUCCACCUCCGACACACGCGGCUGGCUGACAAAAUGACGCUGAAUUCCGCUGGCGUGGAAAGCAUGGUGGACUUACUGCCGGCCUCCCUACGAGAUGAAUCCCUAGCCCAGAUCUCCGCCGAGCUGGCCAUCAUAUCGGCCAACAUGCUCACCAGGGCUGACAAAACAGCCUUAGUAGCCGAACUGCACUCCUCAGUGAUAAGGGAGGAAGUCCAGGAAGUGUGGAGAGACCUCACCGCCCACGAGCACAGGGUCAAGGAGCUGGUAGCUGAUUGCCUGCAGGCCUCCCAACACUCUCAAUGCCACCUCUAGGCAGGGCUCGGUUCUUCCGUAACUCCAACCAUCGCUACUGGGAGCACUCUGGCCACCCAGGAGCGAUGGUCUCCCUUGUGAUGUCAUUUGCUGCCUGCUGUUAUUCCAACUUAAGGACUGCUGCACGUCCGCGAGCCAUUAAUUACUGAGAUGCACAGGUUUCCCUGUAUCAGGAUCUUUCCUCGCUGACUCUGGACGCAUGCUGAGCCCUGAGACCGCUCACCCACCUGCUCCAAGAAUGGAGCAUACCUUACAAGCGGGGUUUCCCAUUUAGCUUGCAGGCUCGUAAAGAUAACUCCUGGCGCACCCUUAGAUGGCGGAAUGAUCUAGCUGGGUUCCUGCGAGCCCUGAGCCUACAAGCUGAACUUGAUCUUGGACCCCCACAACGCCCCAGCCCAUCGGAGAGACCUGACCGACCUUGCCCAUCCAGGGGCAGUGCCCCAGCAGAGAGGCAGACCAGAUCGUCCCGAAGACUAAAGCCUUGAAUGGCCAAGGUGGCAUGUACCCACAUGACUGGAGCUACCUGUUACAUGAAGUGACUGACUCCGGGACACUGGCACCCCCAUUUUCCCUUAACGCCUCGGAGUCAGGAUGGGUACAGUCCAUGUGGGGUAUGUACACCCAAAGCCCCGCUACCCCAGUGACACUUGAUCGCCCCCUCCAGGGUUGUGUUCCCCUUAGUGGGCCAUGGCUGUGAUACUGGCGCUGGGAGGGAGAUGUGGUUUGGGUGGGAGAAUAUGGGCACUGGGCCUCCAUUGGGCUAUCUGCUUGAAAAGGUACAGCCAGUUAUAGGUGGGCGGACAAAUGCCACAAUGGCCCAGGAAACCAUUGUUGUUAUUGCCUACAUAUACAUGUGAUGUUGCAUUGUUUCAAAAUUUGGUUCACCACGGCUCAUGAAAUACGAUGCAGUUAACGUGGGCUGGGCACAUGCGGUAGCCUUCCUAAUCCCACCACAACCCAAACUCAACUGGUUACUACAACCCCCACGCAACGGACCCCAUCUGUACAUAUGAUCGGAAUCGGGAGACCAGAGGACCCUUGUGUGACUUGCAAGACAUCGGGUCCCGCACAACGCACGUGGAGACCAAAAUAAGGGACCUGGUCGAUGCGCACAACACAUACACAGAGCAGAUCAGAUCCCUCAAUGCCCAAUUGCACCAAUGUGAGGAAAGCUCAUGGACCUUGAGGACAGAUCCAGAAGGAGCAACAUAAGGCUGCGGGGAAUACCGGCGUACCUAUCAAGUCACGUGCAUGGCUUUUUCAAACACUUGGUCCCCGAGAUCCCCACGGAUAUGCUGUUAUUGGACGGCCUGCAUAGGGUUCCGAAACCCCAACAAGUCUCUGCAUCAUUACCCAGAGACGUGCUGCUGAAGGCACACUACUUUCAUGUGAAAGAUCUACUGAUGAAGAGGAGCAGAACCUUGAAAGAUCUUCCAGUCCAAUACACCUGUAUCAAGAUUUUCUCAGAUCUUUCUGCGGCCACCCUGCGACAGUGAAAGACCUUACGCACAAACCGCAUCCUAUACCGUUGGGGCUUUCCUAUCCGCCUGAUAGUCUCCAGAAAUGGGACUACUACAGUCAUCCACACAGUAGAAGACUGAGUGAAACUCCUACAUCAAUGGAACUUGCCCAUUGCGGGAGAAGCACAGGCCACCAAGCCACCGCGGAGGAUGGAUAAGGACUGGCACACAACUAAUUAACGUCUUACUGCAAGUAUUCUCGCUUCAGCGGCGCACUACCACUGGCAUUCAGCUAAUGUUUCCCUGCCAAUAAUGCAAUGCUAGAUCUACACACACGUCAUUUUUUAUAUUUGCAGUCACCCUCCUAUUAGCAUACCUGUUAUCUGCAGGAGGAUGACUUGCUGCUCACUCCCGGCUGUUGCCUCUCUGCCUCCAGCGUGGCGUUUUCUAUAUGAAGCUGGGCGGACAUGACUGUCCGUCACUUGCUCCCAGCAUCUGCUAUUAAUCAGCCGCUUCCCUGUGCAGCAAUGCCCAUCCAUAAGUGCAUGGGCCACCAAAUGGGCAAAUCACCUCAGAACCCCAAUUUGGUUUCGCGGAACCCCCACGGAACACCAAUUGGGAAACGCUGCUAUAGACAGCAGAACUACUACGUUAAGCUGUAGUGGUUCUGGUGACUAUAGUGUCCCUUGAAUAUUCCUGCGUACAUAAGUUAAACAGUAGAUGAUUUUACUAGCAGGGCUCAGAAUUUCUAAAUCUACAUGGCUCACUUCUUAAAUAAAAAAAAUAGAAAAAGCGAAUGUCACUUGUGAGAAAAUCCUUAAAAAGAAAAAUCUGCACAAAUGUAUGAAAUAAAAUGGUGUAUCAUUAUUCUAGAAAUUAAUAAAUAAAGCACAUUCCUAGCUUGAUUUUUUAGCUUAACUUCUAACACAAAAAUUUUGUAUUUUGCAGAUUACUUUUAUUUAAAUUUUUUUAGAUGCACAGAUUAUACUAUACUAACCUCCCACCCACCCCCUGCUCUCCCUCAAACAAGUAAUAGCUCCCCUUAUUCCAGUUAAUAGGAAUUCAUUAUUUACAGUUGUGAAGACACCAGCAGGCUCAGGGAUCAGGGCGGAAAGGGUGGGAGGUGCGCUCUGCCGUUCUGGAAGGAAACUAAUGCCGCUGCACUAUGACCCGGGCCUCACCUUAGCGUUGGCGUGAUUCCGCCUCUGCGUGCCGUCAUGGAACGUGCGUACGCUACAGGGGAGGUCUGGGGGAGGAGCAAGUCUGUCCUAAACUAUGCAUCGAUGCCGCACACAUAGUGAAGGAUCGGGAGGGAAAAUAUUUUGCAAAUUGUUGUGGGCAGCGGGGCUCAAGAGGCAGCUGCUUUGUGCCCUCCAGGAGCAACUGUGCCGGGGGCAGCUGACCUUUUUUCCCCGCUCUAAAGACAGCCCUGCCACACCUACUAGAAGGUACCAACUCCAUCCUGACUGGACGACAGUUUCCAGACGACUCACUUCGAACAAUAGUGACGAUUAUACCGAACAAGGGGAAGGACCCUGCGUGUUGUGCAAGUUACCACCCUAUCUCACUUUUGAACACUGACCUUAAAUUAUUCGCGAAAGUCAUGGCCUUACGCUUAUCCAAGGUACUGCACAACCUUGUACACCCGGAUCAAGGGGGAUUUGUUCCCGGCAGAAAGGCGAGGGACAACACCAUCAGAGCCCUCAACAUAAUCCACUCCGCCCGGUCAUGGGAAAGGGGCCGGUCCUCUUUUCAACUGACUUGGAGAAGGCAUUUGACCAGGUGGACAGGACCUACCUCGAGGCCACACUACAACAUACGAGAUUCGGUCCCCACAUGCGCACCUGGAUAUCCUUCCUAUACACGACCCCCAUCGCGCGCAAAUAAGGAUAAACUGCGCACUCUCAGAUGUGUUCCCUAUCAGGAACGGAACACGACAAGGAUGCCCCAUCUCCCCUCUCCUGAUUACCCUUUCCCUGGAACAUUUCCUGGAUGGGGGAGUCUCUGGGUACAGCUUGGGACACAUGGAACACCGUGUAGCGGCAUACGCUGACGACAUGCUCUUCUUCCUGGAAAGGCCACUGACCUCCCUGCCCAACCUCCUACGCAUUUUCUGGGAGUACGGACUGAUAUCGAACUUGAAACUUAAUAUAGAUAAGUCCAAAGCCAUCAAUAUCUCUGCCUCUCCCCAGAAAUGGGGUCGCUCCUCCGGUCGCAAUUCCAUUUUACAUGGUGGAAAACAAAGCUUACAUACCUGGGCAUAUGGUUACCCAGGGAGCUGUCCCAACUAUACCAAGCAAAUUUCGUCCCUAUUCUCGCCACCCUACAGGCAGACAUGCAUAAAUGGGCUGACCUCUACAUUUCUUGGUUUGGCCAUAUCAACGCGAUCAAGAUGAACAUCCUCCCAUGCCUCUUACACCUGUUCCAGACAAACCCGAUCACACUCCCUAGAGCAUUCUUUCAAUCGAUAACCACAGCUAUCAGAAAAUUUGUGUGGAACCGGAGAGCACUAAGAGUAAGCAAAGCCCAACUGGAACAACCAAAACAUCGGGGAGAUACUGGGCUCCCAUCAAUCCUUUGAUACUAUCGAGCCACGCAUUUACUCAAGAUUACUGACUGGCAUGCCCAACCAACGGCCAAAAUCUGGGUACGCACCAAAACUGUACAGACAGAGGGCAGGAUCAACAAGCUGCCUUCAACAUGGAUGCUGUCCAGGAGGUGGGAGGGUCUGGGAGAGAGGGUCUGCUGGAGAUUGGCCGGGAUGUGUCAGCUGACCGGAGUUCGCCACGAACGGUUCGUGGCGAACCGCAGCGAGCUGUUCGCGGAAAGUUCGCGAACGGUUCGCGACAUCACUAGCGAUGACAUGUUCAGUUAAAACUGUCCAAUUGUUAGACUAAUCUAUGCUUUAACUUUAUACUUGUAACCUUAUAAGCUUGUAUGUCCACACUUGUUUGACAAUGACAUAUGUGCAACCUAUUGUCCUGUUAUACAGAAGCCUCUGUCCAUCUACUUUGCUCAAUAGACUACUUGUAGUUCUACUGUAUAUUGUUGGAAAAUAUAAAAUAUCAACACAAAUAAAGAUUGUCAAUUUUUUUUUUUAAAUUGCACUCACAAACCCAACUAUUAGAGUGCUUCAAUAUAAAUCUAGUUUUCUUCAUAUAUCUAUGGAUCAAUAAUCCUCCGCAGCAGAAGUAUAAGAACCUCAAUAAAAUGAAUGAGGUACAAAUAGCGCAGGACGCCCAAAAAAUAAGAUCAACAGACCAUGUUAUAUACAUAACUCAAAAAUACAUAAGAGAAGCAUUUAAUCAUCUGUACCAGUGAUAAGGUCACCAAUGCUCACAACCCACACAUAGUGACUGAGCUCGGGCCAGUUUAUUUCUGAGGAUGGCAAUGACUUGGUUACAGGUGUAACAGAUUUCCUAUGAAGUUGCUGAUGUUGCUACAUAAAAGGGAUUAAUGGGGUAUGUAGUUCUAGUUUAUGCUAGCUUGGUACUAGUCCAGUCGUGUUUAUUCGUGAUUGGUGCUGGUCAUGAUCAUUCAAGUUGGCAACCAAAAAAGCAUCUUUAUGAGGGCGGAGCCUAGCGGUGAACCUGGACGGUCGCAAGCUCGCUGCGCUCCGCUCGAAACUGCCUAAAAAGAGCUAUAAUUGCAGACAAGGGAUCACCCAACCUCACAAAACCCAACUCCCUGGACACUAGACCGAGGAUGGGCCGCAAAAAUAAAAAACCCAAGCCUGACAGGAGUCCGCCGGGCCGGGAUAUCGGGGACCUAUUCCGGAGCUCACAAAGGGCCGCAUGGGACAAAAUGGCGCUGGCAGACGACGGCUCCUCAUACUCAUCGGAAGAUAUGACUAUAGCUCCGAUGGACAGAACCACCCAGGUUGCACAGAAGGGUCAUACCCCAAUGGAGACCACAACAGGCCGGGAUCCGGUCACUGCAGCGCAACUCAAGGCGAUGCUGGCGGAACUCCGCGCAAACUUGGCGGGAGACUUGGCCCCCCUCAGAAAAGCCGUUGAACACACGACUACUAAAGUGGCCCAACUCGAGACCACCCAAAACACACAUGAGAGCCGGCUUACCGUGGUGGAGAGAGGUCUGGCGGCCCUGGACCAGCACAGGCUGCAGAUAGAUCGCAGACUGGACGCCCAGGAAGAUCAGAGGCGCAGAUACAACUUGAAACUCAGGGGGGUGCCGGAGACGGUGGGCCUGCCGGACUUACCACACUUUAUCAGGAGAUUCUUGGCGGCCCACCUACCCCCGAAACAAGCUAAAAGCCUGAAACUGGACGGUAUGUUCCGCCUCCCCAAGCCAGCCAGCGCACCGGCAGCCACGGCUCCGGACCUCAUCCUCCGCUUCAGUUCCCUACAGGAUAGGGCCCUAGUGCAAGCCGCGAUGAGGGGGAAGACACCCAUUGCCUUUGAGGGCGCCUCACUGCACCUCUUCCCAGAUCUCUCUAGGAACACACUUCUGUGGCGCCGGUCCCUGAAACCACUACUCCAGCAGCUACGUGCAAAUGAGGUACCGUACAGUCCUCCUAGCGGCCCAAGACAACACACUCCGGGCAGAAACCUACCGGGAGCUGGAGGAACACCUGCGGUCACUGAACAUACCGCUAUGUAACACCUCGGAAGGAGGGAACCUGUCACAGGUGGACUUGGCCUCAGUUAGGGAGUUUAUACCCCGAGCGGCGAGACCCACUACGUCUACUGAAACUGUGACCUAAGUGAGGGGUUAUCGAGCCCCGGCAGAUGCCGAGCCCCCACCCACGAUCCCCACUGAACUUGCCCAGUUGUUUUUCCCUACCAAUCCUGCUGACAUCAGGACAAUAGGAUGGACUCACACAUGUUAUAAUUGUUUAAACUUCGUUGGUAUGAUUUUCUGGCUCCAUUUUUCACCUCUGCCACACUCCCACCCAUUCAGUCUUCUGCAGGCGUCCCUGACUAGAAGGGGCACUGAGCGGAGCAAUAACGUUGCACAGCCGUUCAAUCCAGGACCUACACAGAAGGCAUACUUUCCCAUACAAGACCGUCCAGACACCUACGGACAUCACUACUGCCACUCUCUCCCCCCAUCUCUUCCCUAACCCUUAAAGAUGCACAGAAUCCAUAAACGCUCUCUGAGGGAAGGGGCAUAUACCUGGUCACAGGAAUGCCUACUACCCGUACCACUCUUACGACCCACAGCCCAGUGGCCACUCCACUCAUGCGACACCCCGACAGGAUUUCACACAAAAAAGGAAAAAAGAGAGAGACAAAAACCAGAGUGUUAUAAUGUUGAUUGCAUUUACAUUUAAAUUUAUUCCUUUUUUUUUAAUGUUUAUUACCUCUGCAGUUUGCCAUAUCUUGUUAUGUUAUCGCUCAGUGUCAGGUCUUCAGAAAGUUCUCAUUAACUCUUAAAUGUCUCUUUCCUAUGACACAGCCAGCCUUAACUUGUUACAACUUUUCAAGCAUUCUGUCUUUUAAACUGGAUGCAAAUGCUCAUAACCGACCAUGCAUGCGACUAGGCUUGAAUUAUCACACCCUUUAGUUCAGCAUAUGUUCACAAGCAUGUUGGUAAUUUAACGGCGUAGUUUAUACUCUGUAUAUUAGUCACUCUUUCCUACGAUGUCUCACAAUUGCCGAUACAAUUAUUUUAAUCGCAACGACUUCACUAACUUACACAACCUGUCUUAUAACAAAAAUGUGCAAUUGUAUAUUGUCACGACCUUGUCUGCAUCAAUCCGCCUGUGUCUGCUGUCGUGGCACCACAGGCUUGUUUGUAAACUCUACUGCACGAAAAAUAAAGAAUUAAAAAAAAAAGCAUCUUUAUAAAAAAAAAAAAACCUAUUAGUGAUGAUGGAGACAUGAGUGGAGUUUGCACAUUACAGACUCACUCUGUACAAGUACUUGUAUUAUCAAGGGAUGGCAUAGCUUCCCCAUUGAUGUAUUUGAAGUUGGGGGGCUGGUUUACAGCUGCAGCAUUUAUUACCUGUGAUGGCGGCUGUAAGACUGAGCUUCAGAGACAAGCAACCCCUUUACAUCAUAACCUGUGUCAGAAUCCUAGGCUAAUGUAUUGCCUGGAAUGCCUUUUUAUAAAUGUUUGUCAAAUCUGCACAGAAAGGUGUCCACAUCAGCGUUGUGUGCUAUAGCUGAGGAAUCUAUUUUCGAGGCAUUGACUUUACUCAGGAAAGAAUUAGCAUGGUGACGGUUUCAACAUCAAGCAAUUAAUGCCAACUGACACCCUUACCCAUGUGUGCUGACUGAACCCCAUAAUCUAACCAGACAAUGAGAAAUCUGCACAUCUUGCCCAAUAAUUAGAUUUUCCCUACUGCUUUUACAGCCUAUUUGGUCCCAAAAGGAAGAUGACAUCAGCCAUUGCCCGAUGGCAUAGUUCUGCCCGACUCCCAGGUGACAGUCUGGAGCAGGCAUACGCUGACCGCCUGGAAGCAGAGAUGCAAGAACUGGCUAUACAGCUCCAUAAGGUAAAUUAUAUGUUUAGUAGCUGACUCUGGACAUGCUCUGCCUCUGUUUAUAUAUUAUGGGCAACUGGAGGGCUUGGCAUGCCCAAUGAUGUAGUCCAAUAAAAGGAGUAUUAUUGGGAUGUAGUGGGUGGAGUUUAAAGGAACACUAACCUUUAUUCCAGAUCCUAUAGUGUUAAAAACACUAUCCCCCACCCUCCCUAAAAUAUGGUAAAAUCUUACCUUUAUUCCAGUCUGCUGGUGCUGUCUCUGCUCCUGAUCUGCCUCCUUGGCUGACCUAAUUAAAAAUGAUAAUCUCAGCCAAUCUGAGAUUGUCAAUUCUGAUGAUCUCCGCCAAGGAGGUGGGCUAGGGGCAGAGAAAAACACCACCGUGGCCAUUCAUAAUCUACUCAUAGAACUGCAUUGAAUCCAUGCAUCUCUAUGAGGAAAGUUCAGUGACUCCAUGCAGAGGUUGGGGACACUGAAUGUCAAUCAUACUGUGCGGCACUGCCCCAGGAAGCACCUCUAGUAGCCAUCUGAGGAGUGGCCAGUGGAGUUAUCCCUAGACUGUAAUGUAAAUACUGCAUUUCUUUACUGCAAAAAGCCUGAAGUUAGUGACUAUACUCACCAGAACAAAUACAAUAAGCUGUAGUUGUUCUGGUGACUAUGGUGUCCUUUUAAAAGCUUCUGUAUUGAUAACAUGAGUUAUGAACAUACCAGUCACAUGUCCUAGUAUGUGCAUUACUCUUUUUGUCCAUUAGGGUUAUUCAUUAAGGUUUGAACUGUCCGUAGUUUAACGGGAAUUUCAAAUGAAAAGAAUUCUAUGUGCUAGCCAACUCGAGUCGACUUGAGUCUGUAACUCUGUGUGUCUUUGACCUAUAGAACUGUGAAGAAACAGACCUUCUAAAAGCACAGGUAGCUCAAGAGAGGGAGCUAAGAGCUGUGGCUGAAAGCUGUCUAAUGGAACAGGACACCACUUGCAGAGCCGUCUGGGGCAAACUUCAGGCAACGUGCCAGUUAGUCACAGAUACACAGUAUGCCAUGACUCGGCUCAGGUAACUAAAAAGCUUUGUCAGAAAUAAUAACAUUUUGGCAGAUAUAGACCCUCACCAAUCUGAUCUUCUUAAACCAUGACAUUCACACAAUUCACCUCUUAAGCAAUUCUCUGGGCACCAAUACAUACUUGAAAAGGAUAGUAAUCUCAAUGCACCCUUCCUAUUUAAUUAUAAAAAAAAAAAUAUUACAACUUUAGUGCAUUUGUUUUGGCUGUAUUGUUGUGCAUGUCUCAAAUCUUUAUAGUUUUUGGCACACAAUAAAAAUGAAUGCUUUGCAGAAUGUUCCACCGUAAGCCCGCCCCCGUAGCGAAGACCUUUCACUCCAGAAAAAGACUUGCUAAUCAAAUGUAUUUCGACAUCUACGUUAUUGAUAGCACGCAGUGAUCAUAACUACAAAGCAGCCUGCAUUAAAAAGACCGGACCCCCAGGAAGACCUAUUGUAAGGAUAUUAAUACCUGUUAACGUUUUCUGACUGCCUGCGGCCAGGUUGUGAAUAAUAAACCGCGUAUAAGGAUGUAUUUCUGGCCUGAGGGAUCAUGACAUGUGGUGCAGCAUUUUGCAAUACCGUUUAUUUAUUUGUGCAAAAAUUAUAAAGAUUUAGCAUGCAAAAAUAAUACAGUAUAUUAAAUGGAUUAUAUAGGCAUCAAAACAACUUAUCUUAAUUAAGCAGGUAUUGGUGUAUAGAUCAUGCCCCUGCAGUCUCAAUGCUCUGCCAUUUAGGAGUUAAAUCACUUGUGUUAUUAUUUAAGCCGCUCCAACCACAUCUCCCUUGGCUUUGACUCUCACAGCCUACAUGGAAAAAUGUAUUUAAUUUUCAGAUAUUGACUUUCUUUAGAAGUUUUUAUCUCCUGUUGUGUAAAAAGAACUUUAAUCACAUACAGGAGGCUCCUGAUCUAGAAGGCUAUUAAUAGGACUUAUGACCUUAUAAAUAAAACAUACGCUGCAAUAAAGGAAGUUUAAACCUUAGAUCUUACUUUACAGGAAGUUUUUAGGAUGCCUGUUUAAGUAACAUGCAGGGAGGUGUGUGGCAUAAACAAAAUGAUUUAACUCCUAAAAUAAGCUAAAGUUAUUUUGGUGACUAUAGUGUUCCUUUAAUGAGGCCAAUAUCUAUGCAUUAAAGUUGCAUGGUGCCUGGACUUUCUCAGAUCUGUGCUGUAAUGAAAAGUUGGUCCUAAAAGAUUUUUAUGCUAGCAUACUGAAUGUAAGAUUUUAAUUUUGAAAUUUUAUCCCAAACAACCUAUACCAUCAAAAUUUUCUGUUCUUUAACAAUUUAAAUAUCUAGUAAACAAAUGCCUUCCUCUAUCCACUGGCACUGAAUGUGGUAUAAAAAGUCUGUCUCAGAGUAUUGAGCCCAUAAACAGGGAGAACCCUUUACUUGUGUUUUAAGGUGCUGUACGAAAGAACUAUCCCAUCGUCUGGGUAAACCAACUGUACCCAGGACAAGAGUUCAAGGCUCAAAGGCUGCAGGUCUGUGGAGAUUAAACCUAUUGACUUUAAUGUACCAGCAUAGUGGUAUAGUUGCCUCUCUGCCCAGGAAUCUGGGCUAGUAAUUCUUUUGUGUAGCGACCACUAAAACGAAAUACUUAAUCCAAUAUGUAUACCAGGACUCAAAAUUUAGAAUCCUCUGCUACUAGCUAGAUCUAAGUAACUUGCCACGUCAAAAUGAUGCAGGCGACAAAAAUGCAUGGCGAGGAAGUCCUUAAGACAUGUACAGCAACUUACAUCUGUUUUUAAAACAGGAAUAUCCAUUGUUUUACUGGUGUUGAAGUUUUUAUUUAUAGUAUUACACAUUAUUCAUUGAUAUUUGUUAGGAUUAUUCCAUAUGUGCCAUAACCAUUUAGGAGUUAACCUGUCCUGUCACAUGGCCAUUUUUACUACCUAUCGGGUUAAUCUUCUCCGUAGAGAUCUUCUGGCCAGCUCUGUUUUUCCCUCCCUUAUACUCCAACACAGAGAAGUUUAAAAGAAAUGGAAAAUUCAGUUUUGGCAGAUUUAGUAAGGAGAAUGCUUUGGGUAUCUUUAAUUACUGAAUUUGCCAUUUUGGACCAUACAGCUUUGACAUUUAUUAUAUCUGCUUUAGGACUGGAUGUGGCCUCUUUGACGUCCAUGAGCAUGCUGGAGCUCUCAGCGUCUCUGGAGGAAAGCACCACAAUUUUAGGUGAGAAUUGGCAAUGUGCUUGUCUUAUUUUAGGCACCUGUUUGGCCAAUGUGUGUAAAACUCUUUAUAAGAUUGCACUUUACACCCAUACAGUCUCAGAGUAGAUAUAUGUAAAAAAAAAAACUCUUAAUGUGUUCUCUGCAGAGGAAGCCUUGCGAGCUGUACAGGAAAACGUGGAGAAGAUGAAAAAAGCAGAUAAGGGACGACACAAGUGGCCGGAUCCCUGA